UGGGUUAAAUAUGAUAUAUUGGUUUCUUUCUAUAAAAAGGUAGGAAUUUUUGUAUAAAGCUCUGUGUACCAAUCAAUCACAACAUAAAGCUCCGAUGAACUGGCAUUAAGAAUUUAUUCUACAUGGCGAAAGGAACAACAGACUGUAGUGUAGGACCCCAAGGUGAAAGUCCUCGUUAAGCUCGAGUUAGGAAUUUUAGUUCUAUGCAAAUUAAUAGUUUAAUCUAUAUUUAGGAUUCGUAAAAGUUCAUAUGCUGUACAAAAUGUGGGUUUAGCCAGAGUUUGUAUAACUUAGCCCUAAUGUAAACUUAUGGUUGGAUAACAAACUCAAAUAGCAAAUUAGCAAAGUUGUUAACUUUGAGUUUGAAGAGUAGAAUUCCAAAUUAUAGCAGAUAAGUAAAAGGGUAAUCCUGUAGCAUCCUGAUUUAGUGUAAUACAAUCAUACACAACCCUAAGAUUGCUGUAAAGGGGAUUGGUCAGCCAAAAAUAGGAGAACGGAGGAGAAGAACCUUGCCAGCAAAUGAUUUGGCUUCCCAGGUAAGCAGAGAGAGACUAAGAAAUAAGCCAAGAAUCUGCUUACAGUCUGUCUUUUGAUAAAGUGAAUUACAUCACAGGUCCAGCAGAGCAAAAGCAUAGAAAAGAAGGAAUCUAGAGAGAGAGAAAGAAUGAAGAAUCACAUGGGUUUGCGUGGAUUCCCAAAACUUGCGGUUGAAACCCAAACACUAUUAAACCCAUCUCCUCCAUCCCCACCCUCAGUAACUGCCUUCAAUCUUCUUCUUCUCUCUCUAGGUUCCUUUGAGAGAGAGGAGGAAUUGGAUUGGAUAAACGCAGAGAGAGACAGAAAAACACAGAGAGAUGGCUGUUUCCAGGGCUUGUUUUGGCAUCUACGCUGGGAUUAUUGCUAUCCUUUUUGUCAUUAUUUUGCCUGUAUCUCGAGCAGAACAUUCCUCUUCUCCAGCUCCGGCUCCCUCUAGCGAUGGAACCACAAUAGACCAAGGGAUUGCAUACAUUCUAAUGCUGCUGGCUUUAGUGCUCACUUAUAUCAUCCAUUGAUGAAGCUUUGAAAGUACCAAAAGAGAGAAGAUGAAUCAACAGCAUUAAAUUCCAAUCGUGUGUUGCAUUUUCAAGUGUGUGAGAUGAAAGGAGGAAGGUGUGGUGUCUCAAAUGGGUCUUUCCAUUGCCAUUUUUUUUAGAUUGGCAGUAGAAAGUCUGUUGUAUUAUAUAUUUAUCAUUUUUUUUUCCUUGAAUGAUCAUUAUUUUCAUUUGUGUAUUCUUUGUCUCCAAAAUGUCCCCCAACCCCAGAAAAAUUGUUUUAUGAAUCUUAUAUAUACGCAUACU